AUGCCUACCCGUUUGAGCAAGACGAGAAAGCACCGCGGCCAUGUGUCGGCCGGUAAGGGUCGUGUUGGCAAGCACCGCAAGCAUCCCGGUGGUCGUGGUAUGGCCGGUGGUCAGCACCACCACCGAACCAACAUCGACAAGUACCAUCCCGGUUACUUCGGUAAGGUUGGUAUGAGACAUUUCCACCUGCAACGAAACCACUACUGGAAGCCCGUCAUCAACCUCGACAAGCUUUGGUCGCUCGUCCCCGCCGAGACCCGUGACGCCUACCUAGAUGGUUCGAAGAAGGACACCGUUCCCGUCAUCGACCUCCUCCCUCUCGGAUACUCCAAGGUCCUCGGCAAGGGCCGCCUCCCAGAAGUACCCUUUGUUGUCCGAGCCAGAUGGGUCAGCAAGCUGGCAGAGAAGAAAAUCACCGAAGCUGGUGGUGUCGUUGAGCUGGUCGCAUAA